AUGGAGGAGAGCACGACGGGCCCGUCCGAAGCGCAUUCGCUGACGCCGUCCCAACGUCCGUUGCCCAAGUCGCGCAAAAACUCGGGCCACAAGGAAAAGGACAAGGACGGGUCGCACGCGCCCAUCGUGUCCCUGCACGAUGCCACGCACGCUCAUAUUGGCAAGAAGUAUGGCAAGUGGGGGCGCGUCCUCGGCAGCGGCGCGGGCGGCACCGUCAGGUUGAUCAAGAGCUCGACGAAGAUGGGCGGCGCGACCUAUGCUGUGAAGGAGUUUAGACCGAAGAGGCCUGGGGAGAGCGAGAAAGAGUACCAGAAGAAGUUGACGGCCGAGUUCUGCGUGGGGAGCGUGCUCAAGCAUCGCAAUGUGAUAAGAACGGUGGAUAUCGUGCAGGAUCACGGGCAUUACUACGAGGUCAUGGAGUACGCGCCUUACGACCUAUUCUCGGUCGUGAUGUCGGGCAAAAUGUGCCGGCCCGAGAUCUACUGCGUCUUCCGCCAGAUCUGCGACGGCGUGCACUACCUGCACUCGAUCGGGCUCGCGCACCGCGACCUCAAGCUGGACAACUGCGUGAUGACGACGGACAACGUCGUGAAGCUCAUCGACUUUGGCACCGCGACGCUGUUCCACUAUCCCGGCUCGUCGGACCCGGAUAGCGUGACGCUCGCGACGGGCGUGGUCGGCAGCGACCCGUACCUCGCCCCGGAGGUGUUGGAGGAUAAGCCGUACGACCCGAGGAAGACGGACGUGUGGAGCGUGGCUAUCAUUUUUAUGUGUAUGGUGCUGAGGCGGUUCCCGUGGACGAUC